ACUGUGCGUUUCUGUGUGGGUGUACGGUCCACCACAAGAAAAGCUGUAGGGUAUUAAUCAGAUACAUAUUUAUAUUUCUAUGAGAACAAGCAGCAGCAGUGAUCACAAUGACUCCAAUUAAAAUAUCUGAAGUUGUGGAGAUUCAGGAAAAGGCCCAGUGCUUUCUACAACAAGCUAUAGCAAACGAACGUUCCCGAUGGUGGAAGAAGGUUGUAGGUAAUUAUUCUGACUUGUUUAAAUUACUCGACAGAAGAAGUCUCCCAGUUACUUUUAAGCCUGGGCCACACUAUGCACAACUGAAUGGCUGUCUGUCUGGCUGUCAUUCCAGUUCCUGCCUUCACACGCCAUUAUUUACAAGGAGAGCAUAUGCAUAUGCAAAAUGUGGGGAGUUGAAGAAUGCCCUGAAAGAUGCUGAAAAGGCUGUUGUUUUAGACAGUUUCAAUCCUGCUGUUUACUGUGUAAGAGCUCUGGUCUUCAGUACUAUGGGAGAAAUGAAGAUGGCUAUGCAGGAUUUAAACUGUGCUCUUAAACUGAACCCUUCACAUGCCUGCACACUGAUAUUACGAGGGACACUCACAGGACUAUUGGCAGAAAGCAGUUGCAAUGCAUUUGAUAUGAAGAACAAAGAUCACAAGAAGGCUCUGGAAAUGCAACGGGACGCAUAUGUUUUCCAGGAUUUGGUGGAUUUCAAAAGCCCAAAAAUCAAUGAAUUCUACAACAGGUUCUUGUGGUGUUUGAAUGUUCCCCACACUGUGAUUGAGUUGGACUUGUUGUCUGGAUCUUCUUUCAAUACCAGCCUCCCAGGAAGACCCAACGGAACACCUUCUGCUUUGGUAUUAAACAAGACUCCAAAAAAUAGCUACAAUCACAGCCAGCAGAGGGACCCAUUUCGCUGUGGCACACCUGCCUGUUACCGUGACGAUAGUAGAGUGGAAAGAAGAUCAGCUUACGGAUCAGCACUGAGGAAGUAUUCGGCAGACAUGAAAGGCAAUGCACUAUUAACAGAACCUUAUUUUUGGGAAAACACAUUUUUUUCCUUUAAUUGUUCUUUAAUUCUUUACAUUUGCUUCCAGUCACUAAUGAAACUGCAAUGACAGUGGCAGACAUAAUUUAAGUAAACUGAAAUUAACAACAGAGUGUAGAGAAAUCUCCACACCAGAAGGGCCCCUUUGGCGUUGAAAUGAAUCCCUCGUACUUGUUUCAUUAUUGAGACAACAAAAGGCGUUUGUACAUUGGUACUGAAUGGAUAUCCAAAAGUGUUUAAUGCACAAGUGUUUGAUACCAAAAGCAGAACAGUGCACUGCAGUGGAAUUUAGAACGCAUAAUACCAUAUCACAAGUUUCUCAGAAUAAUACAAAGAAGAAUUGGGAAAAAAAAGAGAUCCACAACCGUCUCGUCAAUGACCAACUAUUCCAAUAGGAGAGCUAAAGAAAACCCUUAACUAGCACAACACAUAUCGGAGCAUGUAAAAACAAUUAAUAUUGGGACCUAUAUUACGGUAUAGUAAAUCAUAAUAAAGUAAACACAAGCAAUGCUAAACUGAUUAGGUUAAUUAAAAGAAAUGAUGACUGGGAGUUUAGAUGGUUCAGUGUGGGAGGUACGGUUUCUUGUAGUAUAUAUGAUGAAACGUUGAGCUUAUUUGCUCUGCAGCUUAUGAAUAAUAAUAUUGUUUUCUGCCAGUGCUAAAUCCACAUGAGAAUGGGGCCGUUUAGAUAAUUUGUAUCCAUUUAAAAAUAGAUAUAAAUCACAUUACUAUCCAUUUCAUUGAUAUCAGACCCUUUUUACUAUGUUUUGAACUUCAAAUAGCUGACUGUAACACAUGACUUGUUUCUUGGAAUCAGCUGCUAACAAUGUCUGAUGAAAAUAUUUUAAACCGCCUGUGAUGCAGAGGAAUGUUUAACAAAAACAAAAAUCUUUAAUAAUCUGGCAUGGCUCAUACUGCCUAAUAUAGUACUCAGUUGCCAUGGAUUGGUAUGUAUUUCUAAGAUGCAUGAAGGCAGCCACUCUACAGGAAGUGCAGCCAGUGGACAUGCCAUGGGGAAUGGUGAUCGCAUCAAAGCUGUCAGCACCUCCCAGUGUGACACUGCUCACUGCCUAAAGAAAUGCUGAGGAGUGGAAGUAAACAAUAAAUCGGUUGAAAACUUCUGUCAAUCCUGCUGCCCUAGCUGGAGGCCGGCAGCAUGCUGUGGGUGUAAACCACUAUGGAACACCCCAGGGGCCUGGUUUAGAACAUUCACAUAUUACUGACCAUGUCUUAUGGGAGAGCAAUACCCUGCACCAACCAGAACUCACAACAUGCCACUUUAAAUCAGUGCAUAGCAGUCAUUUUUGUUUUUCAACAUAAUAUAAAGAAAUAAAGAGACAGAGUAAAAAAAAGUUUUACAAACAAGAAAGAUAGAAGUCCAAAUCUGAGUUGUCUUAGGAUGUGGUCAAUACUUAUUAAAGGCAAUUACAGUCAACAGUCUUUCAGGGAAGGGCCAACAGUACCCCAAAUCGAACAAAUACCUGCAAACUGCAAGGCCCUGUGAAUUGUGUUACAGUGAAAAUUUACAACAGUAUACAUUUUAAAGGCCUUGUCAAAACACACAAAAAAGAGAUUGACAAGGAGUUUUUAUCAAAACAUUUUUGCAAACGUAUUCAUAAGUUUCUUCCUAGUCCUGCUGUGUAUCUUAUGAUUGAGUGUUAAAGGUUACAGAUGUAACUAUCUGUAUUCUGUCUCUAAUGUGAUUUGUAGAUACUGGGAUAUCUGACAGAAUUCUUCAGUUGACCAAAAGAGCUGCUGCUUGGUCUGAACGACGUGCGGCUUCAACUUCUGCUUACAUGGAAUUUCAGACCAACACAAAACCAGAACCUGUGGCAUCUUUAAGAAGGGGAACCGGCUCUUCCGUGCAGCAACUAAGGAAACAGGAAGUUCAGUCAAAGAUAUUAUCUGAAGUGGGCAUAACAGUUUUUCAAGCUGUUAAUCUCUGUGAUGCUCCAAGGAUGUAUUAUAAACCUUGGAAAGGAGAUAAGCUUCCAGUUACUGAGUUGCCUAUAAAGCUACCAAUGAAAGUGUUUAAGGUCUGAGCAAUUACUUGUAGACAGAAAUGUUGGAAUUGUGUUCAUUGCUAAAUAUGGUCUACAGUGUCCUAUGUACUGGACUUUUCUAUAUGUCCGUAUAAAAAGUUUUGAUCAUUAUUAGUCCACGUUGAAAAAUAAUUCAACUCCGUGUAACAACUACAUAUUUUGAAAAACAUAAAUAAGAAAAGAUACAUUUUGAAAGUUUGUUUCCUGACAGCUGAAACAAUUAGAAUCCCAAGACACACGACUUCACAAAAAACAUAGGUACGUGUUGAUGAAUAGAAGGAAUUGUUAAAUUUGCAGUAUCAUGGCACCCCCAGUGGACAGAGAAGAUCCCUGCCCUUUUUUAACAUGAAUCACACAGGCUGAUCACCCAAGCAUUGCAAUGAAAAAUGCAUCCCAACAAGAAUUAGUAUAAGCGAGCAGUAAUACACGCCAAGGGUGUUCAAAUAUUGUCCAAUAUCAUGUCUACGGGUGUUCGGCAUUAACCAAAGGCUGUUAAACAGUCUAGGGUGCAGAUUUUUGACCAUAUUUGAACACCCUGGAGUGUGGUAUUGCUCUUGUAAAGAACGACAGCUGUGUGCAUGAGUAUGUGUGUGAAAUGCAGGCAUAGCUAGAAGAAAGGAUGUAUCUGAAUGACUGUGCUGAUCCAGAUCAAGAGAAUAGCAAAUGUCCCGGUGUAGAAUAAGAAAACAAAUGCAUUUAAUUUUAACUUACCUGAACUACAUAAAGACAAUUUAAUUGCAUUAAAAAAUAUAGACUAAAACUUAGUUAGGCAGAACAGACUCAAUCAAAGGAAAGAAAAACAAAAUCUUGAAGCAGAUACAGAUUUGCGGUUAAAUGUCCUGAUUCAAGAUUUUGUAAGGAAACAAUAUAUUCAGUGACGACAUCCCAGUUCAAAUUGGGAAACAAAAAGCUGAUAGAAACACUGUUAAUCUGUUACGAAAAGAAAAAAAAAUAAUAAUACAACAUUAACGGCACAAACAUAUACAGGGGUUUAGACAAAAAAAAGAAAUGCCUGCAGUAAUGUUGAACACAUGUUUAAGCAGGAUGUUCCUUGUAACUGACUCCUUUAACGUGAUGUUUUCUGUUUCAUAUAAUUUAACUAUAUCCCUGUUUCAAGUCAGACAUAUCUUUGAGUCAGUUGGCCCGUUUAUUUUCACUUUGGCACCCAUACAGUGUAAUGUUAAUUUUACAGCUCUAUAAAUGGUUACAGCUAGACAGCAAGAAUGUGGCGUAAGUGUUAUUAUUUCCACAAAGGAAACCCGAGGUUUGCAUGGGUAAGAGCCAGCAGCAGAAGAAGAGUACCCCUCUAGGCCUAGCAUUGUACUUUAGGAAGAACAGAAAACCCUCUGCUGUCUAGUUUCUCUGUGGCGUCAGCUGCAGACCUCUGUCUGCAAGUGCAUUUCCUGUUGCUUAAUUCCCCACAGUUCAAAUGAAAUGUACAGUAUCUAAGUGGGGCACACACACAUUAAUUGCUUUGCUCUAGGCAUGCGCUAGAUGUUAAGCUGUGUUUGUUUGUUUUUUUUUUUUUAUCACAGUGUUUCAUGUAAAUUGAUUGUGGCCAUGCACAUAGGUUUUCCUUGCUUCCUUCUACAGGGACACAUGACAGGCACUGCUUCUUGAAAGUGCCAAAUGAUCUGGAAUAAUCCUUCCUGAGGCCAGUGCUUCCCUUGUCACCAUGGAGUGAAAACAAAUGUACUGCUGCUGAGCCAUGUCUCUGUUAUACAACAUGCUGGUAAUCCUGGCCAUGUUGUUUAUGACUUUGGUUUAGGCAAGUACAGUAUAUAGAUCCUUAAAGAGCAACUGAUACAAAUAGGAAAUAUAUCAGAUAUCUUAACUAAGGUAUUCUUCUUCUUGUUUGACAUCACUUUGUAUUAUUUUCAAUUAGUUGGUGACUUUUUUUGUUCUUAAUCAUUAAC